GGAAGAAAAAUGUUUUUAAAGUACAGUAUUGUUUUACCUAAGCACAGUUAAGCACAGUAAAUGUGCAUAAUUGUUUUAAAUUGAGCUCCUGAUUAAGUUACAUUGUAGUUUUGUCUCCUAAGUGAUGAAGAUCAGUGGAGUGCAAGUACAUGUCAUAUCUUGAAAAUGUCUCUCAUGUAAUAGCAUGUAAAUAUAAUCAGGAGAAUCUGAUUACUUCUGUCUGUCUUUUUACAGAUGCAUUAAUGUGUAAGCAGCAUUUUACUGUUCUAGUUGGAUCUAAGGAUUAUUUUCACUGUGGAUUAAUCUGAUUUAAUUUUUUUGUCAUUUAAUUCAUUGAUUGUUGGUUUGUGGAAAUUCAGAGAAUAAUGAGAAUAUAAUACAUAUCACAAUUACCCAGAGCCAAAAGUGAAACCAUUACAAGGAUCAUUAAAUAAAAAAAGAUUUUUACGGAAAAAGCAGUAAAUCCUUGCAUUUGAGAAGCUGAAACUGGAAAAUAUUUGGUAUUUUUGCAACAGAAAAAUGAAAAUGAUAAAAUUAAAUUCUUAAUUAAUUUCUGUCCAUUGUUACGGUUCUACUUGUGCUGUUGGAUAGUUUAAUUUAAAACAAACCAUCGUUCCAAUGCUGUUAAAUAAAUGUAGUGGAGUAGAAGUACUUAGUUACUUUCCUUCACUGAGUUGUGGACAGCCGUUACCCAGCAACUAGAGUGCUGUUAUUUUUCAAAAUAAAAUCGCAAACUUACCGUUCGAAAAUCAGGCCCUACCUUAUGUCUCUGUCAGACUUCCCAACAAUCAGCUGGAGCGUUUUCAUAUUUUAGUUUUCUUUUUGAAAUAUGAAAAAGGCCAACUGAAAACAUGCGGAGGAAAGCCACUGCCAGAAAAGCCUCAGAGAGGAGCGCACUAGGAAAUGUUUUUAUCAACGUUAAAGCGAGAGAUAAGACCCCUCUGAGGCUGAUAAAACAAAUAGGCAGACCAACCAAACCUCCGACUGGGAGAGGCCUCGGAAAAGCAGGAGCCAGACGUUUGGGCCGGCUAUUGAAACGGGCCAUCCAGAGUCAGGAGGAGUCCGCAGGGAAGGGACCAGCGUCUCUGCCGAAGACUCCCGUUCGCCUUUUCAAGCAUCAGAUUCAGACUGGGGCUGACAAUGCUUCCAAGACAAACACUGCACAAACAAAACCAGCCUCACAUCACAUCUCCCAGCUCAUCCUCAGCGUGGUUUCCAAGUGCAAACACCGAGGUGGCAUCUCUAUGGCGGAGCUCAAGCAGACGCUGGCUGCUGGAGGCUAUGAUGUCACCAGGAACAACAAGCAGGUGAACGUGGUGACCAGGAGGCUGGUUAACAAUGAGACACUAGUGCGAACAACGAGAAACACAGUCUUCAGGCUGAACAGUAAGAAAAAGACAGACACAACCCAUGUAAGGACGACGGCUGUGAAAUCUGUAAAACCAAAAGGAGAUCUGAAGCAGAGCAAAACAGCCAGCAAGCCCCCUAAAGACACAGAGAAGUCGCAGAGACAGGCCAUAAAGAAGCAAACUCCUAAAACUAGAGGCAAAUCACACAAACCAAAAGGCAAGGUGAGCAAACGAGCGGCCAAAUCAAAGAGACCAAGAGGCAAACCAUCAGGCAGAUCACAAAAACAAACAGCCAAGGCUCGCAGACCACUGGGCAGAUUGCUCAAAUCACGAAGGAGGACACCUAAAGCAAGGAGAAAAUUGCCAAAGCCAGCAGGGAAGAAACGCAGGUCUCCAACAAACCGAGCCGCACGGGUUCGAAAGGCACCGAGGACUCGGAGACGCCAACCAAAGCGAAACCGACAUCCAUAUAAAUCUUCCCAAAAAAGACAACCAUCAAGAUGGAGGCUUCCUAAAACACGAUCAAGAGCAAGAACAUGGCGACGUCAGACUGCCAGGAGAAGGUCUUACUACUAUUAGAGAGUGUAAUUUAUGGCAAGGAGUAAUAAACGGAAACUUUUCAAGCAAACUGAAGUUGUAUACUUUCUUUUUAUACAUCAGCUGGGAAAAUUAGUUUUUUAAAUUAUACUUAAAAGGUCUUUUUUUUUUUAUUUUACACUCAGGAUUAGGGAGGAAAAUUCAUGUACUUUCUCUCCCUGAACUCCACUCAGUCUAUAUGAAACCAAAUCACACAGUAUUUAAUCAAACAUUUUAAUGGAACUGUGUUGAGAUCCGUAGCUCCAGGAAUUGGUUUCAACAAUUGGUAAUGGUACAAGUCAUGCUUCUACAAGACGAGAGAGGACUGGGUACAAAAAGUUAUGUAUAUUCCAAGUGUUGGCCAAACAGCAUCAUACCACGUGUCUGUAGUCCACAUGGUCUCAUUGGAGAAACAAACAUUUGGUGCAGUGUUUCCAUCACAUCCAUUCUUAGUCCACUGAAAAAAUGUCCAUGGGGUCUACUGUCUCAUCAGUAGUCCAAUAAGUGUUUGUCACAGGACACCCCACACCUCCUCGAAGGCCGAGCACAUCUUAGCACAGGUCAGUGCGGCAGAGA